AUUACUCUACAUUUCAUCAAUGUUGGAGUGGAAAGAAAAAGGUGGAAUUGAUUUGGGUUGAAAAGGUAUAAGAAAUCAUAAACUCAGAAGGUGAAUAUGGGUGAAAAGAAACCAGAGCCUCUGGACUUUGUGAAAGAUUUUCAGGAAUAUCUCACUCAACAGACCCACCACGUGAACAUGAUCUCUGGAUCAGUUAGUGGAGACAAAGAAGCAGAGGCUCUUCAGGGAGCUGGGACAGAUGGUGAUCAAAAUGGACUUGAUCAUCCAUCUGUUGAAGUUUCCUUGGAUGAAAACUCAGGAAUGCUGGUGGAUGGAUUUGAAAGAACAUUUGAUGGAAAGCUUAAAUGUCGAUACUGCAAUUAUGCCAGCAAAGGAACAGCACGGCUUAUUGAACAUAUUAGAAUUCACACAGGUGAAAAACCUCAUAGAUGUCACUUAUGUCCAUUUGCAUCAGCUUAUGAGCGUCAUCUGGAAGCCCAUAUGCGUUCCCAUACUGGUGAAAAACCAUACAAAUGUGAAUUAUGUUCCUUCCGCUGCAGUGAUAGAAGUAAUCUUUCCCAUCAUCGUAGACGUAAACAUAAAAUGGUACCAAUUAAAGGUACUAGGUCUUCCUUAAGCAGCAAGAAAAUGUGGGGGGUUUUACAAAAGAAGACUAGCAAUCUAGGGUACAGCAGGAGAGCACUAAUCAAUUUGAGCCCACCUUCCAUGGUGGUUCAGAAACCAGAUUACCUGAAUGAUUUUACCCAUGAAAUCCCAAAUAUCCAGACUGAUACCUAUGAAAGCAUGGGAAAAACGACACAGACUAGUGGCUUGCCGAGGGACCCACAAGAACUCAUGGUUGACAACCCUUUAAAUCAGCUAUCCACUCUAGCAGGACAGUUAUCUAGCUUGCCACCUGAGAAUCAAAACCCAGCAUCUCCUGAUGUUGUUCCAUGCCCUGAUGAAAAGCCUUUUAUGAUUCAGCAGCCCACCACUCCAGCAGUUGUUUCUGCUGUAUCAACAAGUAUGCCUCAGAGCUCCUCUCCUACAAGUCCCGAACCUCGGCCAUCACACAGUCAAAGGAACUAUAGCCCUGUGGCAGGCCCAAGCAGUGAACGCAGCGCUCACACUAGUACUCCCAGCAUAAGUAACAGCCAGCCCAGCACGCCAACUCCAGUCCUGCCAGUUCAGGACCCUCAGCUUCUGCAUCACUGCCAGCACUGUGACAUGUACUUUGCAGACAAUAUCCUUUAUACUAUUCAUAUGGGAUGUCAUGGGUUUGAAAACCCUUUUCAAUGUAAUAUAUGUGGAUGCAAAUGUAAAAACAAGUAUGAUUUUGCCUGUCAUUUUGCAAGAGGGCAACAUAACCAGCACUGAUACAAAACAAUCACAUCAUGCUUUUUUUGUCUUUUCUAAAAUUUCAUGUUUUCAUCAUCCUUUUAAUAAGGCGUCUACUAAUUUGAGAGAUCAUAUUUUUUGUUUGUAAGAUGCAAAUUUGACAAUGGAGACAAAAUUUUCUUUUCUGAGCAGGAUCAUUUAUGUUAGUGAUAAGGUAGAUAGGAUUUAAUUCAGUUUGAAUCCCUCCCCCCACCCCCUUCAUUCAGUGGAUAAGAAUCAGAGUGCACUUCUGUCUUAUGAGCCUUCAUUUAAAUUUCCUACAUUUAAGACCCAUAAACACUUCAUAAUGCUCAUCCAAGUUCUCAGUAUUUCUAUUCACAUAUUAUUUCAGCUUGUAGAAGUGGUUUGGUACCUUAUAACUUCUACCAUGUUCUAAAAUGGUGAUUUUUAAAAAUUUUACUAAACCAAACCACUUAAAAUGUUUAAUGGAAGGGAUGUUUUAAAAUGACACUUAAUUGAUAACUUCAUGCCCAUGUAUUGAGUUCAAGCAAUCAGUUAAACUAAUAAGGGGUUCAACUGGUUUUACCUUAGGAAAUUGCCUUUUUGCCAAGAGAAAAAUGAAAAGCAGUUUCUGAUGUUAAAAAAGUAUAAUUGUUAUUUUAAAAAUUCACAUACCAUUUUCUUGAAAAGUAAAAGAAUCCCAGUAUCUAAAAUUAUUUUGAAAAAUAUGUUGUUCACUUUUAUGAUAUAAAUAACAUUUCAUCUUUGUAUCUUUUUUACUGUUUUGGCAUUAGCAAAAAAGUGGUGUUCAUUUUCCAUUGCAUUUACACUAUUGCACUUUCAGUCUACAGAAAAAAAAUUUUGAACUAAUAAGCGAAAUAAAAAUAUAUUUGUUGGAGAG